UAACUUGUUACCUCUCCUCAGCUCACUGUGCCCUUCCUCACCCCUGGUGUGUUACUCUUCUCCGUAAAGAAGAAACGGCGGAGGGUUUGAUCUUACUUGGGAUUAUUGCGGAUAAAUCACUGUUACGGGAUUGUUUAGCCCGAUGUUACAGGAAAGAGGGGGCGUGGAUGUGUUGUGAAUCAACUAAGUCUGUGUGUGAGAGACAGAAAGACUGUAUAUGUGUGAAUUUACUAAACCCAGUACAGUGAGAGUGUAAACGUGAAGGCGCUCUUGGGGGCGGAGCUCCACAAAGGGGCAGAGUUUCCAGGAGGAAGCCAGACAAACAUGAGCAAAUUGACGUUCCACAACAACAAGACCAUGCAGGAUCGCCGUUGUGUGUGUGUGUUUCUCCCAAACGAUGAAACACUCAACGUCAUUGUCAGUGUGAAGACUUUGUGUCAGGAAUUGUUGGAGCAAGUGUGUGAUCUUCUCCGUCUUAAAGAUUGUCACCUAUUCGGCCUCAGUGUUGUUCAGAAUAAUGAGCACAUCUAUAUGGAACUGGGACAGAAGCUGUCCAAAUACUGCCCUAGGGAGUGGAAACGAGAAGCCAGCAGGGGAAUUGAUCAGUUUGGGCCUCCAAUGAUUGUACACUUCAGAGCUCAGUACUAUGUGGAGAAUGGCAGACUUAUCAGUGAUCGUAUGGCAAGGUAUUAUUAUUACUGGCAUUUGAGGAAGCAAGUGAUGCAGUCCCAAUGUGUCCAGCGGGAGGAGGCCUAUUUCUUGCUAGCUGCAUUUGCUCUUCAGGCUGACCUGGGAAAUUACAAGCGAAACAAACACUUUAGCUCCUACUUCCAGCCCGAGUCGUACUUUCCUUCAUGGGUCAUCACUAAGAGGGGGAGAGACUACAUUCUCCGACAUAUUCCGAAUAUGCAUAAGGAACAGUUUGCUCUCACCGCAUCAGAAGCUCAGCUGAAAUACAUCAAACAAGCAGCACUUCUGGACGAUGUCACUGUCCACUACUACCGCCUUUAUAAGGAUAAAAAGGAAGUGGAAGCAUCUUUAACCCUUGGGCUUACUCUGCGUGGUAUCCAGAUCUUUCAGAAUGUAGGCAGUGUCCGGCAGCUUCUAUACGAUUUUCCCUGGACCAAUGUGGGCAAACUUGUAUUUGUGGGGAAGAGGUUUGAGAUCUUGCCCGACGGCUUGCCCUCUGCCAGAAAGCUCACCUACUACACUGGCUGUCCGCUGCGUUCCCGCCAUCUCCUACAGUUGCUUAGCAACAGUCACCGCCUAUACAUGAACCUUCAGCCUGUGCUUAAGCAAGUCCGACGCCUGGAGGAGAACGAAGAGAAGAAGCAGUAUCGGGAGUCAUAUAUAAGUGAUGCACUGGAGUUGGACAUGGAACAGCUGGAGCAGCGAUCUCGUGCUAGUGGAAGCAGCAUGGGUAGUGUUUCACGCCAGAAACGAUUCUCGCGUCACUCUACAACCAGCCACAGCAGCUCUCACACUUCAGGCAUCGAAACCGACAGCUUUCGUACCCCAGCACACACACCGCACCGGCCACUUCGCUCACACUCCUCCUCCAACACCAGCCAUGCCAGUACACGCACCUCUGGCAUUGAGAGCAGUGGCAAGGAGCGAGGUCUGGAUGAUGAUGAGAUUGAGAUGUUGGUUGAUGACCCUAAAGACUAUGAAGAACUCACUGAUUUAGCAUUGGAGCUUAGUCAAGACCUCUGCAUUCACAUCACCGAGGACAUGUUAACAUCUGCCCAAAGCAAUGGCUACUCAGGCUUAGUUGUAAAGGAAGUAAGCUCAUCAACAUCCAGUUCAUCUGAGACCGUCGUGAAGAUGAAAGGCCAAAGCAUUGAAUCACUUCCUCAGAUGGUGUCUGGCAGGAAGUCUCAAAACUCAACGGACCGGCAUAGCCAAUCACUGGAUGAUAUCCGUCUAUUCCAGAGGAAUUCCCUGGAGUGGGUAGAGCCCUGUCAGGACUCUGCCCACAGUUACACAUUUGGUUGUGUGGAGGAACUUAGCAAUGGUUACCAGGGAGUUAUGGAACAGAGGGCUGGUAUCUGUGAUGAGCAACACCCUUUUCCCAUCAAAAGAACCAACAAGUACUUCUCCCUGGACCUGACCACAGAGGAGGUGCCUGAGUUUGUGGUGUAAGCGAGAAGGAUAAUAAGAAAAAGCUUAAAGACACGACUGAGGACCUUUAUUUGUAUGUGUAUGCGUGUACGUGUGUGCUUAUGUUAGUGUGUGUUUAAGGUUCAUAAAGAAGCUGCUGAAUUUGGGACAAGAAAAGAAAGGGAAACUGCUUCAGUCUGGCUCAGCUGCUCAGCUGCUGCGUGUCUGUGUGUCUUUCUGUGUCUGUGUCUGUCUGUGUGUGAGAGAGAGAGUGAGUAAGAAAAAUAUGUGUUUUAAACAUACAGUAUGAGCUAUUGACCAAAGAUUAGCAGUCUUCAGUGUUCAAUAAGCAACUGAACAUACAAGCCAUAUCAUAAUACUCAAUGGACAGGCUUGGUACUAGUAUUUCCAUUACCAGGAAAAGUUUGGACACCCUAGAAGUUUUUUUCAAAGUUUUGAAGACAUUGUGAUUACUGCUAUUGGUUAUAACUGUUGUACAAGACCCAUGUAAAAAGUAAGGUUAAUGCCUGUUAAAUUUUUUUUUAUUUUUUUAUUUUUAUUUUUUAAAUACUUCCCCAAACAAAUACCUUUUCUUUAGAACAUUUGAGAAACAACAAAUAUGUGCUCAGCUUAGCUAGAGAAUUCUUGGUGAUUUUUUUAAACAAUAAACCUGGUGAUAAAAAUACAGUGUGUAAAUGAUCUGGAUACUGUUGAGAAUCUAAAAUGUUUAGGUUUUUUUUGUUGCCACUGCAUAUUUUCAUACAUGACAAUGGUAAUGACUUUCUAUUGUACAAAGAAACAUAUGAUAAAAACCCUUCUGUUAGGUGUGUCCAAACUUUUGACUGGUAUUGUGUGCACUUGUGUGUAAUCUGUGCUUUGUGGUGCCGGCUGCUCUAAUUGAACCGCCUGUGCCUUUGUUACACUAUGCAAAUAUGAGACCCUGUCACUGGGAUUCUCCAAAGUCUCUCAUCUGUGCACCAAGUACAUUUUUACCAUCUAUGCCAAUUAAACAAGCAGAGAUGGUUAGUGUCUGGUUGGUCACACAGCUUGAGCAGUUUCUUAUAUCCAACCAAACCAAGUUAUGGUGAGUUGCACAAAUGCAAUCAUAAUUUGUCUUUAUCCCUCUGCAGAAUAAUCAAAUCACAGGGUUCUUGUGUUUUAAGCCAGGGAGGACAGUAUAAUGAUGUCAUAUAUAUGUAGAAUACUGGACCUCCAAAUUAAGUCCUCCAAAUACAAACAUGGAGCACAAAGGUUGUUUUUGCAAUAGCCAUAGUUUGGUGUUUACACUUGACCAGCUGUCAGACAAAGUUAAAAAAAAAAAAAAAAAGGAAAAUAAAAAAUGGCUAAAGCUGGAGUUUUAGCCACAGGUGUUAUAGUGGGAAGGAUCAUAAAAAAAAAGCCAAAUUGGGGUUUUCCAAGCCAUUGCAACCCAUGUAGAAACCCACUAAUGAGAUCUUUCCUGCUAAUCUGUAUUUACCAUAAAGUCUCAUACGCUUUAUGUUUGUCUUUUUUUGGCUAAGUGUUGGUGAUGUUUCUUUUAAAUAUUUUUUUUAUUAACUGGAACUUUAUUUUAUACAUAUUUUGUUAAACUGUUGUUGUCAUUAAAGUGGGAGCCAUG